AUGCCGUUCUUCCAGGACAAGUACGCCGUGCGAGAAACUAUCUCAGAAGCCCCGUCUCUAUCAUACUACAUCAUAGAGGAGAAGAAGGAAGGUGGGUUGUAUCGGUGUGCGCGACUAGUCAUGGCGGACAAUGCAGAGUCCUUGGAGGACCUCUUCAAUGUCUUCCGAUCGCCUGCUGUUGCAGAGGCUACUGGAUUUAUGGAGUGCCUCGAGUGCCAUUCAGCGAAUCAUGCUUUUUUUGUCUUUCGUAUGCCCGCGGGAUCUUCUCUCUACUCGAUAGUUACAGCAAGUACGUUCUCGAUGAAGCCUCUUCCAGAGCCUUUUAUCAAGCGGCUGGUGAAAACACUAAUUACCAUCUCCAACGAAUACACUGAAAAGGCAAACAACUGCUGCCCCCUCUUUUUCACCCCGCAGAAUAUCUUCAUAGACGGUGAGCUAGAUUCAGAUAGCUUUUCUGUGCAUCUGGUGAUGGAUUACCUUGGCCUCCUGUCUGGGUUCCGCUGUUUAGAUCUAGUAACUCCCUUACAAUGCUGUUAUAUGCCACUAAAUUAUCUAAAUAAAAUUGAGCAGUCAGACAACGGCUCAGUGGCCACAGACAACAUAAUACUAAGCAACUCCAUGCUGGCGUGGAAUAUUGGAUCAAUUGCACACUAUUCCAUUUACAAGUAUCAACUAGUAAGCCUUCCAUUCUGCUCUUUACGGAGCAAUGAUGGUGACAGAAGAAUAGGUACGUUUCCAGACUAUUAUUCUGCAGGUCUAAAAGAGAUAUUAGAAACACUGCUGCUGGGAGCAUUCCCUAAGGCAGCGUACAUGUGCUGUGACACACAGGAAGAGCGACGGUAUCUUAGCGCCAUUAAGACCGGUGACCUACUAUACGUGCGAAACCACAAAGAAGAGAUGCGCAACGUUCGUGAUAGAAAUGGCUACACAGGGUUGAUGCUGGCCGUGACCUACGGCUGGAUCGAUCUGGUAAAAGAGCUUGCACCUACUGAGGCAACACUUGUCACACCUUCUGGCUUCAGUGCUAUGAUGCUUGGAUGCGUGUAUAAUCAGUCAGAGGCCGUGCUGCUUCUGCGUGAUAGCGAGCGGAGAAUCGUCCUUCCCAAUGGAAAGACUGCCAUGAUGAUAGCGGCCACCCAGAACCAUGUUGAGUGUGUAAAGAUUCUAGCCACGGGGGAGUACGAGUUAGGAGUUCAGGAUGCCUCGGGGCAGACGGCACUCAUGUAUUCAAUACUCAACCACUCCAAAGAGGCUAGCCAGUACCUAGCUGGACUGGAGUACGGUUAUAGAGACCUUAGUGGCAUGACUGCCCUGAACUACCUUGUGCUCUUUCCUACUUAUCCCGACUUUGAUGUUAUUGCAAACAAGCUAGCGAUCCACACUGAAGAGCUGGAGGCUAACAAUGAAGGGGAUACACCAUACACAAGUGCUAUAGCAAACGGAAACAUCUAUGCUAUCCAGCUAUUCCGAGACCUAGGGGUUGGUGCUGAGCCGGGUGUUGGACUGCAAUAUGCUCUUCGGUGUGGACAGCUGGAUAUUGCUCAUAUGUUAGCACCCGAGCAGGAUGGAUGUACUGAUGAUUUGGCGGCUGCCGAUACUGGUUCAGAUCAUUCGAUAGAUACAUAUCUUCCCCUAAUCUACGGAUUAAAGCAUAUGUAG